UCAAUGUAGUCACACUCCCCAGUGUUCUAGAGCAGUCAUGUCUGUGCAGAGCGCAUCACGAGAUCCGGUAGCAGUACUCCGCCGCGCUGUCUAAAUGAACCCUUUGAUUGUAACCAGGGACUAGUGGCCCCGUCGCCCCUUCUCACUCAGCCGGAGCCUCCAGUCAGUGCCUCCUUAGUGCCCGUGCUUGGUGCCGCCUAGCAGAGGAGCUGCGGGCAAGCGCGGGACCGGUCAGAGACUGACACACGCUCCCCGACUGCCAGCAGCUCUCCUCCCUCCCGCUUCUCCAAGCGCUCCGGCUGCCUCAAUCUCUGCCUCAAGCGACUGCCGCGGCACCGCGUCCGGGCGUGCGGACACGGCACCAUGUGGCAGCCCCAGUAUGUCACUGCCCAGCAGCGGGCCGGCUUCCGCCGAUACCAGUACAGUGCUGUGGACACAAACCCGUUAUCAGUCUAUGUUAUGCAGCCCCUCUGGAACAGAAUUGUAAAGAUAGUGCCUCUGUGGAUUGCCCCUAACUUGUUAACCUUCUCUGGAUUUCUGAUGAUUUUAAUUAAUUAUUUUCUGUUAUCUUUUUAUGACUGGGACUACACUGCAUCAGGUGCCAGUCCUGGAAUUGUUCCAACAUGGGUAUGGCUGUUUGGUGCUUGUACCACCUUUUGUGCUUAUGCUUUAGACUCUAUAGAUGGGAAGCAUGCUCGAAGGACUCAGUCCAGUAGCCCUUUGGGGGAGUUAUUUGACCAUGGGCUAGAUAGCUGGGCUACCUCCAUCUUCAUCCUCUCUUAUUUUUCUAUCUGCUCACGUGAUAAUGGAAAGACUGGGAUUUCUGUACACACAAUGUAUAUAUCUUUAAGCAUUGUCUUGCUUAACUUUAUGUUUUCACAUUGGGAAAAAUAUAACACAGGAGUUCUCUUUCUUCCUUGGGGAUAUGAUCUAAGCCAAGUGACAUUAAUAGCAAUGUAUCUGGUGACUGCUGCUGUUGGGGUAGAAGUCUGGCACACACCUUUCCUAUUUGGUUAUUACAUUACAGAUAUAUUAGUAAUCUUGCUGAUAGGUUGCAGUAUAUUUCUUUCACUUCCACAGACGCUGUACAACAUUCAUAAUGCAGAGUGAUAAUUUGCCAGAUGAGCGACACCAGAUCUGAAGCUUUCCACUGGCUCCUGUUUCCAUUAGCUCUUGUGAUCUACGCAGCGGUAACAGGGCUCCUGGGCAAGAAUGAGGAAAUGGCACUUACCAUAUUCACUAUGUUAGCCACAGCUGCUCACGUACACUAUGGAGUUUGGGUGGGGAGACAGCUGAGUAAGCAUUUCAACAUUUACAUCUUUUCGUUGAAGAAACACAUUCAAGCAUGAACAUCUUUGCUGCGACCAGAGCAUAAACCUUACCAUGGAGCUUCUCAUCUGUGUUUCUGUGAUAAAAUAAUGGUGCUUUGUUGAUCAAAAUAACCAAAAUAAUGGGCUAGAUAUGCAAACUGCUGAGACAAUGAGCUACUCAGCAGGGUUCAGAGAAAGCUAGUCCAGUAAUGAAACUAUCGCUAGUCAAUCUGCUGCCUAUGUUGCCUAUCCCACCCAUCCUAUCUUCUUUCUUUUUGCCCAGAAUAUCAAGUCUGAACUUCUUGUCCCUAACUUUGAAACCCUGCACAAAUCAGUCCUCGGCUAUACUACAUCACUGAGCUUUUUUAAUAGUGCCCUCUCUCCAUCCCUUCUAUUCACCAAUGAAGCCAGUUUUGAUAUCUCCUACUUUUCCUUCCCUGGCUCAUAUCUUUGUGCCUGCUUAAGUGAUGCCAUAUUUGUGUGGAACUUCCAAUAUGCCAGCCACAUUCCAUUUCCCUCCCAAAGUCUCACUUCUCCGACACUGGCCCCAAAUACUAACCCAUGUCAAGUUAAUCAGUGAAGAGAAUCAGACGAGGAAAUUGCAAGCAAAACAAGACCCUUUAAAUCCCAUACUCUUUGGUUUCUCAGUGAUCCUUGUCUGAGCUAUGUUAUUCAGAUUGUAAGCUCUGCAGGGCAGGGAUCGCCCUUACAUUUGUGUCUUAUACAGCACAAAGCACAUUGUUGGUGCUUACCUAAGUAACAACAAGCAACAUACCCUGCAACAUAAGCUGGUUGUUUAUGAAAGAAAACUUGUCCACUACAAGGCUUUGAAGAUUCUCUGACGGCUUGUCUACACACGCUGCAGUGCAUCUGGUGAAGAUGCUCUAUGCCGACAGGAGAGAGGCUCUCCCACCAAUAUAAUGCUGUCCAUACCAGGAAUAUAUGUCAGUGUAACUUAUGUUGCUCAGGGGGGUGGUUUAUUCACACCACUGAGCAACGUGAGUAAUGCCGACAUAAGCUGUAGUGUAGACAUAGCCUAAUCUUGUUGUGAAGGUAGGGCAUGAAUGCUAGAGUAAAUGGGCAAACAAAUUUGCAAAACCAAAUAGACACAAAGUGAAUGGCCAGUUAGAUCCUUUCUACACAGUAUUUUUUCAGCCUCAGCUAUGUAUGCAAUACAUACUAAUCAGCUCUUUGCCUGCAUUCUUGACUAGGCUAAUAAGUCUUCUGGUGCAUAUAGCAGAGUUGCAAAUUCCUUUUGCUAUUUAAAGUACGUUACUCAGGUUAUAUGGGAAAUAAGAAUUUGGGGGAGGAGUGGGAGGAGGGCUACAGAGAUAUUUAAAAAUAAAAGUGUUCGUUCUUCAUUCUCACAGGCCUCUGAGCUUGGGCUCUCUUCCUCUCACAGGCUGUACUAGCCAAAGAGGCUUUCUGACAUAGGACAAUUCAUAUCAAUGCCUCAAUUUCCACAUGCACAAGAUAAGCAUUAUACUUACUUCAUAAGGGAACCUGUGGACUGGCUGAUGAGUUUAUAGAAUACUUAGAUAUUUCACUUUCCAAAGGCAGGGGUUAAUCACACAACAGUCAAGUUAUUGGCAGGUUCCUUGAAUUUUCAUUUCACCCAUUUGUUGAUUCUGAGAUGCCAUUUUUCUGGCUUUGUCCCUUCUUCACUCUUCUCCCACCAACAUGCAGACCUACAUCCACAGCUUAGGUUAAAGGCUCUCUCAAGAGGAGCAUUAAUUAAUUCUCUCAUCUGCACAGUGCUGGGAUGGGGCUGGUUUACAGCUUGCCCUUUCUCAAAUUUCAGUCUGUGUACCAUAUAUUACAGUAGAUGGCUUGACCUGGCUUUCAAGCUACAAGUCAUUCUUGCUAGGGGUCACUCUCCCAAAGCAGUAAUGUAACAUGUGUGACCUUCAGCAAGAUUGUGUCUUUUUGCCUAGUUUCUCCAUCUUACAUCUGCUACUUUACAUUUGUAAAGCACCAAUCUCUAUGGAUUAAAAUUCCAAGUAUGUUGUAUGCUGGCUCCCAUAUGAAUCUAUCACACUGGAGUGAGCAAGUGCUCAGGACAGAAUGCAGUAUACUGGCUUUGCCCAAGGAGGACACACGGGACCUACUCCUCCUCCCAACUCAGAGAGAUCUCAUUUAGACUCAGAGGCCUGUAUUUGUGGAUUUGGAGGCCCAGAGUUCUAAUCCCAGCUAUUCAGGUGUGCGGCAAUUGUGCUUGCAUCACAUCAAUUCAAGCCAAUGGUUGAGUCAGCACUUAGGGAAAGUGCUGCUAUCACUUCUUGAAUCAUGAGUUCCCUUCCCUCUAACUCAUGUGGAGGGUGGAGAUGGAGAUGAAGGUGAGGGUUUGGUUGCCCCAGGCCUUUUUGGGGGUCUCCAGAGCAGGAUUCCAGUGCUGCAUGAAGGAAUACUUGCUGGACCUACCAGGUCUAAAGGAUUGUGUAUUUAAUGAGAUGCUAGAGGGAAAGCCCUGAGUGCAGGUAGCUAAGAAACUGAAGUUUCAGGCAAAGAUUCUGAAGUCUCAUUCUUUGAUGGAAUUAAAUAUUACUUCAAAUACUGUAUAUAUUGGAACAGAAUUUUCUCACCUACUUUGACACCUGUAGAUUUUCAAAGUUUUUUUAAAGCCAUCCAUCAAAAAUAUCAGGAAAAUAUUUAGGUGAAUAUAA